GAGAGGAUUUAGGGACGAGGGGGAGAACAUGAGAGGUUUGAAGAGGAGGGACGCCAGAGGGUGAACGUGGGAGGAUGAGUGACAAAGGAGCCGCUGAGGACUUUACCUUGAAGCCAGGAAAUAGCGUGUGAAUGUGAUAAGGCGCUCAGAGGGUUAGGGGAGGAGAGAGGGUGGAAGCAAGAGAGUGGGGACUGGAGGUUGAGCGCUCCACAAAACGAGAGAUAGGCUGAAUCACAGGGACAAAGAGCCGGAGCGCGUGAGAGGCUUCUUGGUGUGAAUGAACGAUAAACAGGACUACCCCUUCUUCUUCUCUGGAUUUUACACCCACAACGCUCAAACGGGAUUGUUCACCUUUCUUCUCUGCACAACUGCUCCAAGGUCCCUAAUAGCAGAAAUGCCGUAUAGCGUGCCAGUCCAGGAUAUGGUUUCCUGAGCGCCCGCACCGCCUACAAACCACCAGGUGUAAAUCCAGUCCAUCCCGGGCGAUGACUUCUCUGCUUCCCAACGUCAGUGUUCCUGGGAGCGCAGCGGCCCUGCUGCCGCCUACAGACUGUCCCAUUAACAUCAGUGCAGCUACACGGGAAGGACUCGGUCCAGGCCAGUCACUGGCGCCGCUCUGCACCAUUUGUUGCUGUGGAUUUAUCAACCGGACUUUGGCAGUGGUGUUCAUGCUGAGCCUGGUAUUUGCCAUCGUGAUUGGAAAUGUGAUCACCCUGACUGUUUUUGUGCAAACGAGGCAGUCCCGAACACCACAGGGAUACCUGAAAGUGUCCCUGGCCAUAGCAGACAUGAUGGUCGGUGUCCUUGUGGUCCCAUUCUCUGUCUACACUGAGAUCUCACUCAUGGUGACCAGCGCACCUCCCAUUUGGUACCAGGGCAGUUCUAUUUCCCCGGCCACCUCUUCUUCUCCUGGGGGACUGGUGAGCCCGUGGCAGCCCUGCAUGCUGAUUGGACCUGUGUUUGCUGGAUGCACCUUUGUCUCCAUCAGCACCAUCUUCCUCAUGACACUUGAGCGGAGCGUGGCCAUCCUGCGGCCCCUCCACAAGGACGCCCUGGUGACCCGUAGGAGAACCCUGCUCCUCAUCCUGCUCUCCUGGGCUGCCAGCUUCCUCCUGGCCAUUGCGCCCCUCAUGUUCAGCAGAAACUUCACUCUGGAGUACAACGAGUGCAGCCGUAUGUGUAACUACACACCGCUGUUGGUCGGGGGCCAGCUGCCACCUGAUGCCAACAUCUUGCUGUUAUUCCCAGCCUUUGACUUCACAUUGCUCGGUGUCACAUUAGCAGUGAACAUUGUGUCUUUCACGAGCAUUCGGCGGUACUCCCGUAAACGCAAACUGCUGUCAGAGGGGAGUCUGAGUGAUGGAGGCGGAGGAGGGGCUGCUGGAGGCGGAGGAUGCUCUCACAGGCCCUCCUUUUCAGACAUCAAAGCUGCUAAGACAAUCGGCAUACUGACGUUUGCCUUCACAGCGUCCUUCUCGCCCAUCGCCGCUUUUGUGCUCGGGAACGUUGUGGGAUACACCUGGUGUAACUUUUCCUUUUUUGCCUUCUGGGUCCUGACGGGAAACAGUUGCUGUAAUGUCAUUAUCUACAGUGUCAGGGACCACCGCUUCAGGAAGGGUGUGACCCUGCUGUUUCAACGAGACCACUCAGCGCCACAUGGCGAGAAGUCCUGAGGGUUACCUGCAGCUAAAAGCAACAACAAGGAUAUGUUGUGUUGCUGCUUUCCUUUAAGUUUGAUAUUUAAAGGAAUGGUUUGACAUUUUGGGGAAUAUGCCUUUUCACUUCCUCGCUGAGAAAAAACAUGUGUACGGUCAAGGAGUAGCUGGAGCUAAGAGGCAAAGAACAUCAUCGACCUCCCAGCACAUCUAAAACUCACUGCUUUUAUUUUAAACAUUGUUAAUACAACGAGUCGUGAAGGUCAUGUUGUGGAGUAUUUGUUGUUGACUAUACAUUUUUACACAUUUCUUUUUGUACGUAUAGAAAAGAACAGGACGUACCAUGCUUGUGAGUUUUUAAGGGUUUUGUUGUCUUCGGACAAAGGGCUCCUUUGGGUUCCUGUUUCCAGGCAUCGUGCAAAGCUAGACUAGACCCGGCAUCCAACAUACUUACUAAAAAAAAAAUGUCACAAAGUGUCAAACUAUUCCUUUAUUCAAGUGUAAACUUAAUAUGACGUUAACACAUAAAAGCAAAUUUAAAUGUACGAAUAAUGCUUAGUUUUCUGCUUAAAAUUGUCAAUGGAAGCCAAAUUAAAACAUGUUGAGCUCCUUUGACAUUAGGCUUCAAACAAACAACCUUCUUUUCUGAAUCUACAUCAGAGGGCUUUUACAUAACUUCAGGAAACCAAACCCACUGUACUGUCUCUCCUGGUGCAGCACUGACAAUCCACAAUAAGCACACUGUUAAUGUUUUGUUUUUAUGGUAUUGGUGGGUUUGUCACCUGUUAAAUUACAUAGGAUGUUGUUUUUAGUUUUUGGUCUCUUUGGAAUAAAGUGGUUUAAUUAUUAAGUUGGUGUAGGAAACAGUUUAUAACAUCUAUGUUAUCAGCUGUUAUAGAUAUUUAUUUUAGAGCAUUUAACUUCAAUCUGUUAUCAUAGUAAUAUGCCUCAAUUAUCAGAAAUGCACUUCAAAGUCAAAGUCAUAAUGUUAGCAAUUUGCACACAGCUACAUAGUGUUACUUUUGUACAAUUUUUCAUCGUAUUAUAGUAUUUGGUAUUUUUGUCAAAUCAAAUGUGAGCAAGAAAAUAAAUAUAUAUAUAAAUAUGUGUGUAUUCAUGAAAUCAGUAUAGACUAAAUGAAUGCAUGCCAACCACAGAGAUUUAGUAAAAAGAGCCCUUUUACUAAGCUUUUCAGGGCCUUCAGUGACAUAUUAAAUUAUCUCACCUGUUUGUCAGCUCAUAAGUCAUGAGUAAAAUAAAGAUCAAGGUCAUUUUGCAGCAUAAAA